AUGAGCGUCAACGAUGUCCUACUGAGGCUACGCCGAAAGUAUACGCUUCAUGCUUGGGUCCCCCGCAUGAGCCAGGCGCCUUUCAGAAAUAUCGGAACCUCCAGCACUCAGUGGGACGACGGUGACAAUUGGAGUGACGGGCCGGACGUGUGCCAGGGUAUCACAGUCCAUGACAACUUCAUCAGGACAAAGGGUAACGAAGGCAUUGAAGUGAAAGAAGGAACCGUUGAAACCCUGAUCGAGGGCAACGAGGUGUACAUGCAGUACGACGCUGAGUCCGGAGGCAUCGGAAGCCGAGGUGACCGGAGCAUCAUCCGCUACAACCACAUCGAAGACACGGACGGGGCGGGUGUCCGUUUAGGAGGCCACACGGUGGACGGCAUUGAGUACGGCGCCAACAACCAGGUAUACGAAAACACCAUGGUCAACUGCCGGGCCUCCGGAAUAAAGGUCAUGGUUACUCCCCAGGGUCAGAUCUGCGGCAACGACAUCGAGGUUCCUGACACCGAUGAUGACGCCGACUACAACUAUUCCGGAGGAGCCUACUACUACGACCCGCUGAUACCCUGUGACUCUUCGUCCUCAUCGGCGCCUGGGUCAACCUCUGCAUCGGUGACCCCGGCACCUGAGCCAACGCCCGAGGCAACGACCGAGGCAUUUGCCGAGGCAAUGAACGAGGAAUCCUCCGAGCCAACGAUCGAGUCAACAAUCGCGCCAACGCCUGCGGCAACGCUCGAGGCAACGCCUACGGCAACGCUCGAGCCAACGGCUGACGCAACGAUCGCGCCAACAAUCGCGCCAACGCCUGCUGCAACGCUCGAGCCAACGACCGAGCCAACGCCCGCGGCAACGACCGUCCCGACGUCUGAAGCAACGAUCGCGCCAACGAUCGCGCCAACGCCUGCGGCAACGCUCGAGGCAACGCCUGCGAGAACGCUCGAGCCAACGGCUGAAGCAACGAUCGCGCCAACGACCGAGCCAACGACCGAACCAACGGCUGAAGCCGAGAGUACGUGUCGCGACGGCAUUGAGGGCAUCGACGGCCGCGUCGUCUGCUGCCCGCUCGAGUGUGGCCAGUGCGGAGGGACGGGAUGCAGCACUUCUGGCGCCGCGUACGGUCUUGGCGCUGACUCUUGCUGUAGAGAACCGGUCAGUUCUAGCGGCAAAUACUGUGACGACACCGGCGAAGCCCCAUGCAUCUACGGCAGUGCCCCCGAUGCUGACGACGACGACGACGACAACGUCGACACCAACGAGGGUGAUGCUGAGGACGACGAUAACGAAGUAAUGGCCUCGAGGGCAUCGACCACAGAGGCGAGAUCUGUUGUUCGCUCGGGUGUGGCCAGUGCGGAGGUCCAGGAUGCGACGCUUCUGGCGCUUCGAACGGUCUUGGCGCUGAGUCUUGCUGCCCACCAGAGGUGCACGAUAGCGGCAGAUACUGUGACGACACCAACGAGGCCCCGUGUAUCAUUAUAGCCGACGACGACCACAACGACGACGAUAACGACGACAACGACGACGAUAACGACGACGACAACGACGACGAUAACGACGACAACGACGACGAUAACGACGACGACGACGACGACGACGACGACGACGACGACGACGACGACGACGACGACGAUGACGACGAUAACGACGAUAACGACGACGAUACUGCCUGAAGGGGGAGUAUGAAUCGGAGACCUAAACGUAGAGCGCCACAUUUUUCUUCACCGUCAAUCUCGUCCUAUUCCGGACGGAUGUCUGCACAUUUUUUAACGACCACUGUGCGGUGGCAUUUUCCAUCAAAAGCAACAGGAUCGUUUAAGUGGGCGAUGCUCGCAAGUGCAUUCCCAUCGACCGGGGGGCAACUAGUGUCUCCGUUUUGCUUACGUUGCAACCUAUUGUCUCGCCAGAUCAUCCUUGUAGUGUUGCUGCCUUUGGAGGGAGUGUUUUGAGGUAUUCAGGGGUCGUUGCCGC